AUGCCACCCCCAAGUUUUAAGAAGGGUCCAGGUAGGCCAAAAAAAUUAACGUGGAGGGAGCAUGAUGAAACAGGAUCAAGGAUGAGGAGCCCUGGCGUGGCUUAUAGGUGCACAAAGUGUGAUAAAUUUGGGCACAACUCUAGGAAAUGCCAAAGCAUAAUACAAGACACUAAUGCAUUAAAGAGAAAGAGAAAAAUACCCAGAACCAAUGGUGAGACCUCAAAUAAUAACAACAUAUCUAAACAAUCUGUAGAGCAAGCACCUGCUGAAACUGCUGAACCUAAUCUCACUUCUGAACCUGCUGAACCAACUGUAGAGGAUCCUUUCUAUGAUCCAUAA